UCGCUCAGCAGCAGCCAGUGGUAUGCUCCACUCGUCUUCAGUCCUCUCUCUCCUCUCCUCUCCUCUCCCCCGUCAGCCUCUCCCAACCGGAGCCAGACACUGGUGCAGCACUGCUUCAUACAUGUACACGUGUGUGUUCGGAACAGCACCGGGCUCUCGGGAACACUCACCGUUGUAGUGCGCGCGAGUGUCCGAAUUGAUCUGCGCGAGAAUGUGCGUGUGAACGAUUCCGGAGUAUCUUUUGUACGGAGGAGCAUGUGUGUGGAGUGAAGCAAGCGAGCGUGAGGAUGCGUGGUGGACAGGUGUUGUUGUGAUCGACGGAGUUUUUGGUGUACUAUCGUCGUGCUUUCUGCCUCCUCCUCCUCUCCCUUCCAUUUGUUUAUCUCGUGAGGUCAAAAAGCAUCCUGCUGGGAUGUCCACCUCGCCUGGUGCAACAGACGGGAGCCAAAGGAACUCUUUGGAGCUGGACGCGGAGCAUGCACAGAGGGUCCCUGGGGCAGAGCAGGGAGGACUCCCGACCCCUCAGGUCAAGCUGAAAGAGCGGCAGAAGUUCUUUGAGGAAGCCUUCCAGCAGGACAUGGAGCAGUACCUGUCCACUGGCUACCUGCAGAUCGCUGAGAGGAGAGAGCCAAUAGGAAGCAUGUCGUCCAUGGAGGUGAACGUGGACAUGCUGGAGCAGAUGGAUCUGAUGGACAUGUCUGACCACGAAGCCCUUGAUGUGUUUCUGCACUCUGGGGGAGAGGACAACAGUGCUGCUUCGCCUGUCACGGGUCCAGAUGUUGAGUCCUUCACCACAGAGAUCAGUCUCCAGGUUCCCACCCAGGCUGAGCUACGCCACAAGCUUUCUUCCCUUUCAUCCACCUGCACCGACUCAGCCAGCCAGGACACGGAGGCCGGGGAGGAGGACUAUGAGGACGACGACGAGGAGACAGAGCAAGGAGGAGGAGGAGGAGGUGGUGUCGGAGGAACAGGUGGAGGGGGAAGGAGGAGAAGGCCCCCUGUUGUGGUGACCCUGGACGAAGAGGAGGUGCAUCCCGAUACAGCGUUGGUGGACCGAGAGGACCAGACCAGCAAAGACUGUGAUGAGAGCAGGCCAAAGGUUUGAGGAGGGACGGACUGGAUUUAAACUCAAACACACAACGCAAACACACACACACAGCUGUGAAUCAAACGCAGAUGUACAACAAUAUUGGCUUCCUUCUCAAAUCACUUUCUUACUGAAGCAAAACAUACAAGAGAAAAUUCACUGAGGUUGCACUAACUGCCACAUUACCUUGCCUUAAAAGACCACUAACGUGAGUUUAUUAAUUCUAAUUGAUUCCUGUAAAAUAGGUUUGAGUUCCCUUCAGCGGCAUUGAACGGCUUAACAUGUACCUGUGUUUGUGCAUGUUGAGAUCAGGAGAGGCCUGUUACUAAUAACUGAAACAGACUCAUACACUAAAAUCAUCCAUGUGUCCCUUGUACAGUUCAUCCUCUGUGCUAACACUUGUUGGGCAUGAACAUACAGUUUGUUUGGAAGCAAUCAGGGACAAUUUUGUGGAAUAUAAAUACAUGAUGUUGAUUUGUAUUGCAGGCCACACAAGUGAAAUCAUAUUUUCUUCACUAAAAAUAAUAUUGUUCGGACUGUAAUUUGUCAGCCAAAUUAAGGUGAUGACAGGACAUGUCCAGUGUCAGAGAUGUCUUUGGAACCCCUGGUUAAUUCUUGAAGCUACCAAAACUACAUUUAAAACUUACUUAUGAAACAUGUCUUUCCAGAAAAAGAAAUCUGGAUCAUGCUUAAUGAUUCAAAUACCUCAACAAAGCCUUGCAUGACUUUGAAGUAAUUUUGGUGGAUUGACGUGUUAUUGCAAAUCCUCGCAAGAUUUCCCAACUCUGUGAUCUGUUGGCUUUGUUGGUUUGCCUUCUCUAUACUUGAUUUUCUCGUAAUGUCUUUUUUUUGUGGUUUGAGCUGUAGUUUGGAGGGUAAAUGCACAACCUCUUCAGCCUCUCUCUUGAUCUUCUGCUGCACCUAUCAGGGGCUUGACCCCAAAGACGCUUGAUGCCACAGCCAAAGUGGUUGGUGAGUUCACCCAGGCGACUAUGACGCGCAAUCUGCUACAUCAGCUCCUUUCAUUUUACAGACCAACCGCCAGGAAAAAAAAACACAACCCUCUGACAACAGACAACCACUUAACAUACAGUUAGCAUAACGAACAAGCCAACUAAUUCAACCAAUCACAUGAAGUAGGGACAAGAACUGUUGUCGGAUCCGUAGAAAUGCUGAAUUGCAAACGCCAAAUAAUUAGCACAAUACACUUGUUGCACCUGACCUGCAAGGGGCACAUGGAUGAGUUUUUCUUGAUUUCAAGGUCCAUUGUGUAGGAUUAAGGGGAAUCUAUUGGCAGAAAUUCAGAAAUUCAUUAUGUUUUAAUUAGUGUUCAGCUACCUGUUGUAUUUUGGUUACCUUCAAAUGAACCUUUAAUAUCUUCUCCUUCACAUGGGAGGUGAGGCGAGGUGUAUUGAGCUGGUUGUAAUCUGCAACAUAACACCAGGAUGCUGUUAAAUCCUACACAUUGGACCUUUAAUUGAUAAGCUGAACCCCACAAAGCUUGUUGCAUUUUUUUUCUAAACUGGUUUAUGAGCUACAUUCUGCAGUGUUUCAAUGUAAACUACCCAUUAGAUAAUACUUUAGUGCCACUGGCUUUGUUAACAUGGUUACUAACUGGCAGUGUUAUAUACCACAUAGUACUGUAUAGCCGACAGACUGGUGGAGUUCAGGUAACUGGAAAUCAGCGGUUUAACACACACGCCCACACACACACACACACACACACACACACACACACACGAGAGUUCCCCAUUGCCAUUCCUUUGACCAAUAAUAUUUGGGUGAACUUCUCUUUUUGAACAAGGACCAAAUCCCUAUUUGGACUGUGUGCUAUGCACUGGACAAGACCCAGAAGGUUUAACUGUAUCCAGAUUUUUUUUUUUUUUUUGUACAGAAAUGUUGACAUUUGUGCGAUGUGACAGCAUAACUCCUUCCUUUCUUUUCCCCUGCCUACAGUUUAUGACUUGUUGGUAAUAAAUGUUUCUCCCCCAGCAUUGUUUAAUUUUCAUCUUAGAAUUUAAGGAGCAUGUUAAAAGAAUGAAAUGUGAGUGGGAUUCAGGGUUUGAGCAUGUUAACAGCCCCUGCGCGCUCACUAUUGAUUUACAGCCCAGCCUGAGUGCUUUAUACAUUGAAAGCAGACACGGUGAGGGAAUGUAUAGAUGGACAGAAUGUUCUACAGUAGAGCAAAACAUCUAUAAAAUGCAGUGGUUUUCUCUUGGGGGAUAAUAUUUUACUAUGUAAACAUUUGUUAUUACAGUUUAAUGUUUUCUAACUGAAACAUGAGGAAAAGCAAUACUGGUGUUGUGUGAGAGUAAAUGGCAUUUCAAGGCUGAGCGUGCACUUGGUGGUUCAUUGUGAAAAGUAAACUGCUCAUGACGAUGUGUGACAAUCACUCUAGUGCCCUUUAAUUAAGGUUACCUGGAACUACAGGGUCCUCCAGCCGGCUGCAUGUACAAUGUGUGAAAAGAGUGAUGAGCUUCCUGCUGAAUGAACAUGAAGGCACAUCCCACACCUGCUGCUGUUUACCAUGGAACCUGAUAAUGUCAAGGUACAGCCUUUUAUAUUUGUAUUACAGUGAAUUUUCUCACUUCGCUAUCUGCCUAGCAGUGCAGAUAGUUUGGGGUACAUUUGCCAAGGUUUUGAAAUGCUGGGAUAUUUGUUGAGUGCUCACGGCAUUAAAACAUGAAAAACACCCAAUGCUAAUUUCCAAAAAUGUCACGGAUGGCGAAUCUACAGGCUUCAAUGUCAAAAGAUUGAACUGAACUAACCAAAUAAAAACUUCUUCGGUAAUGUUAAAAUGCCAUUGUUUACACUGCAUGGCCAUUUUAGACCUUAAAUAAGAUUUUUUUAAGAUGAACAGACACUCACAAACAUAUGCAGUCCCUGAGGAGGAACAAUGAUAAAGGACUUUAGAGAACCUGACCCAGAUCAUUUUAGAAGGUCUAAAUGGGUUGACAAUAAAGACAUUUUAAUAGUUUAAAAAGGUAGUGCCUCUGAGUUAUUCUUAUGAUUGUUACAUUACCUUUACAGUAAGGUCUGUGGUCACGCAGAUAAUCGUGGGUCAAUUACUUUGAUUAUUGUUUCUAGAAUAGUCUACAACAGGGGUUACCACCUCCUCAUACUUGUGACCUGUUAAAUGAACAGUGUGUCCCACACAUGUGCUUUACUUGGGUGGGUGAUGGAUGAUUUGAUUCUUUUAACAUGCCUGAAGUGAUCACCAAAAUAG